AUGGAGGUUUCAGGGACUCCCACACCUUUAGAAGGAGACAAUCUGCCGCGGUUAGAAAAGGUUACUUGGUACGGGCCGUCCGAUCCUUCGAAUACCCACAACUUAAGCCUAGGUAGAUAUAUGACGCUGCUGUCCGGCCCAAUGCUUGCCCCAGCCUUAGAUGGCAUUGGGGAAGGCUUAAAAAUCUCCGUUCCGGAAGUUUUAAUGACGCUGUCAAUAUUUCUCUUUGCUUUUGCUUCUGGGUCAAUCGUCCCUGUUCCGCUGAUGGUGGUCCUCGUUGCAAGUACUAAGUUUGAAGUGUCUAGCCCCAGUGUGAUGGGCUGCUGGAAUAAAGAGGAAAGAGGAAAAUCGUAUGCCGACAGAGGAUUUUUGCCUCUUCUAGGACCUAAUUUAGGUCUUAUUGUAGGCGGUGUGACUGUUCAAGAAUUGAGUUUGAGAUGGCUUUUUUGGAUAUUUUCUAUCGUCGACCUCAUCGUUGUGCUCUUGCUUAUUGUUUUUCUCCCUGAAUCCAAUGCACAAACGAUUUUGUCUAGGACAGCGGCCGCAUUGCGAAAUUUAACUGAAGGCAUCUACUACACUAAAGCUGACCCUUUAUCCUCAACGUUGGUCGAUAAAUCCAAAGUCGUAUUAACCCGACCCUACCGAUUGUUGUCGACUCAGCCGAUGAUUGAAUUGGCAUCGCUCUUCUUGGCCCGCGAUAUUGGACUUCUAUACAUUGCCCUCUCUAUCUUCUCAAGCUUGUGGACUGGCGGCAUGGAUCGUGUUUGGGCGCGACGAAAGGAGAGGAAUGAAGGCCAAACUGUACCGGAGCACCGCGUGCCGCUUACGAUUCCGGGCGCACUUCUUAUUCCUAUUAGUAUAUUAUGGUAUUGUUAA